GGACAGAGAGCCACCAUCGGGCCGGCGAAAAGGUGUGCACCGCCACAGGUGUCUCGUAUCCGACCUCGAGCUUUGCACCGUUCCACCAGUGCACCGCGUAUUCGACCUAGUGCUCCGGCCCGACCACCGAUCAGUGCACAGUCCCCAUACGUGUAUCCGACGUGGCGCCUCAAAAGGCCCAAAAAUCAGUGCAUCCGUAUCCGACAUCCUCCGCUAUUAUCUGGGGUCCUGGCAUAUAAGGAGCUUCGAUUGAGGCUGUCUCUCUACGCGAAAUUAUGAGGCUACGAUACGUCGCUCGGAUUGCAGGAGUCAUCGCUGCUUGGACUGCCCUGCCCACAGUUGGUGCAUGGGGAGCAGCUGGCCAUGAAAUUGUUGCUACGAUAGCUCAGAUUCAUUUGCAUCCCUCCGUGCUACCGACGUUAUGCUGGAUCCUCGAUCCCGAAGGCGACAACCGAAACUGCCACCUUGCGCGCAUUGCGACGUGGGCAGACCGCGUCCGCAACACCCCCGGCUUCCGCUGGUCCGCGUCACUGCACUACAUCGGCGCCAAGGAUGACUGGCCUUCGAGUCGGUGCGAAUUCCCCGGCGAGAAAGGCUGGGCUGGGCGGCGCGGUGGUAACGUGUUGGGCGCCAUCAGAAACGUCACUGGUAUCCUCGUGAACUAUGCCGAUGGCGCUACGGCGGAUAUGGAGGACGGAGACGCUUUGGCAGCAGAAGCGCUUAAAUUCCUCGUGCACUUCGUCGGCGAUAUGCACAUGCCUCUCCACCUUACUGGACGCGACCGGGGUGGAAAUAGCGACAAGGUUCUCUUCGAUGGCAGGUUAAGCAAUCUUCACUCGGUGUGGGAUGGCUUAUUGAUCGCGAAGGCACUCCGUACCAUCCCCGGGAACUACACUCGGCCACUCCCGUCUCCUCAAAUCGAAGCCGCCCUUCGAGGGACGAUCUACGACCCUUACAUCAGACGUGUGAUGUUCGAAGGCCUCCUCGAAGGCGGGCGCUGGCACGAUGAGGUGGAAGAGUGGCUCACCUGCCCCGCGUCCGUCCCUCUUGGGAUCACUCACGCAGAGUCCGGAACCUCCCGGUUCCUUGCGUCGCUGAUGUCGCAACUGAAACACGCUCUGUUCGGGGCCUACGGCAUUAUGGGCUCUCGCACGUCUUCUCCGGGUGACGAGACCGACGAUGCGAACGUCUGUCCCUAUCACUGGGCCGCGCCAAUCCACAAACUGAAUUGCGAGAUCGUCUGGCCGAAGGCCCUGGACGAGCCGCCGUACCUCGCUAACCCCUUGCUGGAUACGACCUCUCCUGAGGAUCAUCAUCACGCUUCAUCUGUAGAGGAGGAGCUGGCGCAGUUCGACGAGGAUGGCCACUUCGUGGGGGGACCGCGCAAGCCCUAUCCCUGGUUGGAGCUCGACACACCCGAAUACGCCGGUGUCAUUGCCAAGGAGUAUGUUGUCGAACACCUGCUCGCCAUGGGAGGUAUUCGCUUGGCAGCAAUUCUGAAUUGGCUGUUUGCGGAGGUUGACGAGGUCAAGUCAGGACGUGAAUCCAGGCGCUUGUUUGUAUAGGUAUCGAAUCGGACCCUGCGAGCUUGUGUACGUUGUGCAGUGUAUUAUCAUGAGUCUGUCAGUGCUCCCCGUCAAUCCA